UUAAUACGAUUUCGGCACCGUCGAUUUAAUGCUCCGUCUAGUACUAUAUGUCGAUAACAAAACGUAUAGUAUAGCUGCUCUCAGGUUUCUUUCCGCCUUAAGUUAAUAUACUAUAGUUCUGCAAUUUACUAGUUAUGUAUUCACUAGUGUGUAUAUGCACAGAUUAAGCUGAUAGUGAGACUACAUCAAAGUGGCCACCUGAAGAAAAUACACAGAAGAGUGAAAUUGUCAUAUUGAUACAAAAAAGUUAUAAAUCAUGAAAGAGAUGUUGACGAACCAAAUUAGUGCUGAAUACAGUAAUUCAUUUGUCAAUAAUAACAAUGGAGAUGCAGGCACCAGUAUUACAAAUGAUGAUAACUUUAGAAGAUAUGCUAUGGUCAGUACUGAAUGGAUCUCUGCUAUCGGUGAAGAACUAGGCAUGCAUCCAUUGCCUGAUCCUUUGUUGAAGAGACUAGCUGAAGAUGCUUCCUAUCGCUUAAGAGAAGUCCUACAUAAAUGUGUUACAAGACUGAGGCAUAGUAAAAAAAAACGACUCACAUCUACAGAUGUAAACGCAGUAAUUACUAGCUUAUGUGAUGCAGAUCCGGUUCUUGGUGCACCAGAAUUUAUGCCAGAAUAUCAUACAGAAGCAAAAGUAUAUACACCUAAUGAAUCCGUUGUCAAUCUCGUGCAUCAACUGAAUGAACCGUUGAAUCUAUCUCAAACCAAUGUGCCAUAUUUGCAAGAAUCUGAAAUAUACGACUUGAAACUCACAGAAGCACGUCACAAUUAUGUCAAACGUGCAUUGAAAACUUUAUUUAAUGGCUCUCAAAAGACUUUUCAGGUUUUAAUCAAUGAUUGCGCCACAAAUGUACAAUUAGGUGAUGAGGGAGUUGUAGAUAAACUGAUGUCUAUUGCCAGAUCUUUAGUAAUUUCAAACAAUGCUCAGUACACACGUGUUUCCACGCGAACGUGUCAGCUUAUCAUAGCUAUUGCGAGCAAUAGUGAAGCUAUCUAUCCAUAUCACUUAACUUCGGUAGAUAAAUUGACUGAAUUAUUGUUGGAGUUGCUGCUAGGCCAGAGUUUCAUUAAUCCAAACCUGGAGGUACUCUUUAAAGAAUGUGCGCACAAACUGAUGCUUCGGUGGCCAUCUAUUGCUGACAAAUACAUACCCAUAAUGGAAAGUGCCUUUCUGAAGGAUGAAAAGGAGAGCGUCGAGAUCAAUAAGAAAAGGAUAAUGGCCGUGGAGUUGUUGGCGAGCAUUCAGCCCCUCAGAUUCUUCCAUCACAAGACCGAGCAUGUACUUUCCGUACAGAACAUUUUGUAUCUUUACGCUUCACCUGGAUCGUUUAUCUGGCACCAAAUAGCUUUGACUAUAUGCACCCUCGUGAAGUCGCGGAAUCAUUCAUUGGAGCUCACUGCCUUGACCGAAUAUUAUGGUGACUCGUUAUUGCCGUAUUUACCAGUUCAUUACGAUAGCAGCACGAAAAAGAAAACGAGCAGGAAACCCGGUGCACUGCCUAUCAUAAUCAAAGGUAAAAUUAAGUACGUUAAAGUGAGACCGUUGUUCAACAAUAGGACGCCGACUCCGUGGGAUCGACAAACUACGUUUCCGGAUUCUAUUCUGAGAGGACCAAGACGGGAAAUAAGAUUUGCAUUCGCUGGCGGCCGUCCGGUUCCAUCUAGCAACUUGAGACGUGUCAACUUACGAGCAAACUAUCAAAUUCUGAGGAAUGAACUUCGAGCCACCCUUGCUCUAGUCGCGUCACGUAGACUUCUCGCGGUCAAAGACAAGGAGAAAAGACCCCAUGACUUCUACAAUUUGGCACACGUUUUUUUGUAAGAUUGAUCGUACUCACGUCGUACAUAUGCGAGAGAUGAAAAGAUGCAAAUACCGGUGCGAUUAUUUCAUUCGUUACCGUAUCUUUUUUGUACAAAUGUUUGCUAGUAUAAGCUCUUAGAGCGUAUACAUCCUCUUGUUAUUUAAAAUUGAAAAUAAAUGUUUAUUAUGGCGUUUCUCGUCGAACUUUCGAGUUAUCGGCUGACAAUCUUUCACUUGACAGCUGAACGAAAAACCAUUGUAGUAUUAAACAAUGUCGUCGAUCAGAAGAUGAUGCAGCUUCUAACGAAAUUGUUAAAACAGCUUCACGGUUGUUACUUUAUUUAUGCGAUGUAAACUUUUGUUUAGCUCAAUUACGUUUCUAAAAGAGAACUUAAGGUUUUAUUUCACUGUGUAUGUAAAUAGUAUUCUCUGCAUUCGUUUUAUCUAUGAGUUAUACGCAAAAUUUCUGUUAGCAAAGCAAUUCUGGAGAGUUGGUGCAUACCAAAUAAUGCAAAUUAGUCAAGCAAUAUGAAAUGAAUAUUAGUACUUCGUUUCAAUACCCAUAAUAAUAAGAUCUUUUUUAAUUUCGUAACUCUUUUUCUCUCCCUCAUUUUAACUCCGAUACACAUAUUGAAUUGUGUAACACCUUUAAAAAUCCAGUCCUUGUGAAAAGACAUGAUGAAUAUAAUGUACAUGUCCUCCUUGUAAAUGUGAUUUUUCGUCACUAAUUUGUGUACAAGGUUUGUAUUUAGUCGUGGUUCGUACGGUUCAUGUUUUCCUCUCUUCUGACGUCAUCAAUUCAAUAUGAUCGCAGUGAUAAGACCCAGGUAGAACAAAUUUUUAAAAGAUACCUUAAAAACAUCCUGUAUGUGUUUUUAAAAACUAUAAUAUACUAGAUUUCUAAAACCUUGACUCCUUAGAUUCUCCAUCAAGAUAUACAACUCAUAAUAAUAAGUUCAAUAUUCAUAAUCGAGUCUUAUAUUUAAGACUAUUUUAAGUUCUAUUUUAAGUAUCUUCAGAUACUUCGUAGCCAAUGAAAUAAGCUAUACAGUAUCUAAAGAUGAAUUUAAAAUGAUCUUAAAUUAAGAUCCGACUAUAAAUACCAGCCAUAGAGCUUUUAUAUAUGACGAAUUGAAAAUCGAUUAUCUUUCAAAAGAUUUACGUAAAAAUCGAAUUGAUAAUAAUCGAUUAAAAAUAAUUGAUUUUUAUUACGAGAAAAUCGAUUUUCUGAAAAAUCGAUUUGAAAUCGAACAUCCUUAAGAAGGUUCAUAGAAGGCCUACGUAAAAUAUCCAGCCGUCUCUCCGUUGCUGCUUCCUUCCGCGAGUGGCUAAGUUAGAUUAGUAAUAUGUCGUAAAUAAAUUAACUGUGAUAAAAAGUGCAAUUAUAAUAUUAAGUUUUUAUUUAAUGAAAAAGUGCGAUAAAGAAAGAUGGACUACUAACGGCUUUCAACAUCAAGUGGCAUCGACAAAAAGAAAAAAAAUUUAAUAGUAAAAGAUCCCAUCAUGCGUAGUUAAAUAUGGAUAUUUUUAAAGAUUGCUUGGCAUCGCAUGAAGACGAUGAGAAAGUUGUCUGUACGGCUCGUAUUAUCUUAAUAUGCGAAAAAAUCAUAAAAUAAAAUGUUUACUUAUGAACAGAG